AUGCCUUCUGCCGCCGCACGACGAAUGUACGAGGACCAGAUACCGUCCUUCAUGUCCGUCUUCGAUCUUGGCAGCGACGCUCUUGACGACCAAAACGCUGUCACCGUUGUCGACGACAAGAUAAUCGGCUUUGCUGGUGCCAGUUUUGAUGGCAAGCUGACCAGCCACUCUGGUCAGCAGCAGUCUUCCUCCUUUCAGGAGUCCCCUUCCAUCUCCUGCGACCCGUCGCAUCGCCACCACGACAGCACAUCCACCCAGAUGUCCGGCUCUGCCGAUUCAUCUCCGACCACUACCAUGUCUUGCACCGACUCCUCGUCGCUCUCCGACCCGUCGCCGUCAUCCUCUCCUGACUCACCCGUAAACCUGAUUCCGCUGGCUUCCUUUUCGAGUCCCACUUUCGGCGGACUGCCUGGCAUGACGGUGCUGGCCUCGAGCGGCGGCAGUCGCAUCCAGGAACGUCCGGUGACUUCGCCGUCGCCGCGUCGCCGGAACAUGAAGGGUCUCUCGAUCCAGCCGCCAUUCAUGUCUCCCUCCCUGUCGUCCCCGGUGCUGUCGGAGCCCUCGUCGCCCUCAUUCAUAAAACCGCAGAUUCCUGCCAUGAAGCGGAAGCCAAGCCAGCUGAGCUUGAAGACGAGCAGCAACGACCUGGUCAAGUCUACGACACUAGAAAUGCCCCAGUCGCCCUCAUUGACAAUGCCACCAAUCCUUCAGCGACGCGCAUUGAAGCACUCCACGUCGUCGCCGCACAUGCUGUCAUUUAUCAAGUCGGCCACCUUUGGUCCGGCUGGCGGCAUGACCGUCCCGACCGUGCUUGAGCGCAACGAAUCCGGCCUAUCAGAGUUCCUGCGACCCAGUCGGCCAGGCGCAUCAUCCACUGGUUAUGACUCCACCAUUCUGGAGCAGGACUCGCCAAUAAAAACGCAGAUCGCGAACCGCGCUGCUUACGAGUUCGAGCCGUACCACGAACAGGAGAAUAACGAGGACCAGAAGACGCCUGGCUAUCCAGAUGGCCCCAUUGCCAUCUACGGCGACAAUGUUUUCCUGUACCUCGAGCCGACGGCGGAAGAGGCCUCGCGGUUUGACGUUGUCAUCAACGUGGCUCGCGAAGUCCGCAACCCGUUCAAAGCCGGAGCGGUGAAAAAGGCCGGCAAGCCGCCCAGCCAACAGGAACAGCAGCUGCCGCCCAAGAGGGGCUCCAUCUCCGUCCUAGAGCCCAUCCUGGAGCCGGAGGCUGAGGCGGAAGUACAACCACUGCCAUUACAACCACCCCAGUUUACAUACGCCCAAGUCAAUAUUACGCCAGCAACACCAAAGGCGUCUCAGCAGCUGGAAGAGCCCGAGUACAUCCACAUCCCGUGGGACCACAACACGGAUAUCGGAGCGGAUUUGAUGCGGCUCUGCGAAAUGAUUGAGAGCAAGACCAAGGAUGGAAAGAAGGUGCUGAUCCACUGCCAACAGGGCGCCAGCCGUUCUGCCAGUCUCAUUAUUGCGUACGGCAUCUACCAAAACCCGGAGCUGAGCGUCAACGACGCCUACUAUGCGGCCCAGUCCAAGAGCAAGUGGAUCAGCCCCAACAUGCGGCUCAUGUACUGCCUGCAGGACUUCCAGAAGGACAUCUACAAGAAGCGGAUAACGCCGAACUCCACUCUGCGGCCUCGGUCUGGCCGGAGUCCGACAAGGCACCGGAACUCUCUCUCCGUUGAUGCGAUUGAGAUUGCCCCGAAGGAGCCGCUCUCGGCGCCACUACCGGCCGAAGAGAGCAGCACCGCCGGCUCGUCGUUCUUGCAUCCGGGACGGAGUCCCAUGCGACUACGGGGGAACUCGACACCCAGCAGCCGGGAGGCCAUAUCUCCCGGUCCAGCAUCUGCGCCAUCGAGCUUCAACUGGGCCGAGAAGGAGGACGAGAAUGACCGACAGAGGUUUGGCCGGUUUCCAAACGAUGCCCCGACCAUUGCCGCAACGAUGGAGCCGUCGUUCGGGUCGACCUUUGCGGCGCCCUUUGCUCCGUCUUUCGUGCCGUCUUUCCCGCCAAGUUAUGCUUCGACAAGUUUGGCGCCGGCUCCAACCGACGUUCCAACCCUCACGAGACCGCCAACGCGCAAGGCUCGGGCGCCUCCCAGUCUGGGAUUCGGACUGAUGGCUGCUCCGGGAUCUACGUCCAAGCCGCCGCCGUCUCCCGGCUUCGCCGCCCACCGAUUUGGGAAGUUUCCUGGGAUCGACCCCAGCAGAAGCCGGAGCAGUAGCAGCAGCAGCAACAAUAGCAGCCGCAGCCACAACCACGGCCACGGCCACAAUCACAAUCCCAGCAUCAGCAGUAUCAGCGAGCACGAAAACAUAAUGUUCAGUAAACCGAAUGCUCUGGUUCUGCCCGAGCUGCCCGAGUUUUCGCUGUUUAGCCCUGGUCUUCCACCAGCAGGAUUCGGCGAGAGCCUCGGCAUGGAGGACAUGAUGUUCCGGCCGCCGCCAUCGCCGAUGUUUCCGCCCCACAGCACAGGACAGGAGCUACCAGUCAUGUCAAUUGACAGGCCAGCCAUGUUUUUGGAACGACCAGCGGUGUCGUUGGAGCAGCCGGUCAGCGAAAAGGACUUGCCGGUGCUGCCGCAGAUUCCAGCGGAAGACUAUCCGCCGGAAGACGACGCGCUGAUGUCCCCCCGUGCCGAGACGAUGACAAACAACCCGCUGCACGAGCCGUUCUCCGAGAUGACGGGCCUGCGGUUUGUCGAGGUGCCGCCGACUCCGGGCGAGGACGAGCUCUUGUCACCGCGCGAGACCAUGUUCUCGCGCAACUCGUUCAUCCCAUUCGGCCGGCCUGCUCAGGUGGCCGAUCCACGCAGUCCGCCAACCAAGGGCGAAAUGCCCAUUGUCAGGUCGAUUGACGACCUGCUAUGA